AUGGCGCCUCGUUUGUCUCGCAGUGGGAUUGUUACUGCUGUUGUUGGAGCCGGAUCGUUCCUUUUGCACCAAUUUUCUUUGAUCUUAAAUUCAAUUUUUCAGAGUCUUGGAAUGAGUGAAGAGAUGUACAAUCCAGUUGCUAUUUUUGUAAUACUGGGCAUCAUCUUAGCUGGAGCUGCUUUAGGCUACUGGAUUGUUAGGAGGUUUGUUAUUUCCAAAGAAGAUGGUAGUGUUGAUACUGGGGUUGCUCAGUUUGUGAAAUGGGCAAUGCGCAUCAUUGGAACCACUUUCAUUUUGCAGAGCACUCUUGAUCCUCUUCUAGCAAUUGGAGCUUUGAUCACUUGCGGAGCUGUUUGCAAUCUUUUUUCUGCCACAAAAUGGCUUCAUGGAUGGUAUGAAACUUUAGGGAAUGAUGACUAUUCACUGCAAUGGGUGCAAGGAAAACGUGGUCAUGCGGAAUUCCUUAGCAAGUCAACCCCUAAAGGAAAACAUUGGAGUAACCCUAAAGGAAAAAUGUGGAAUAGCCCUAAAAGAUCGGCAUGGACUGACUCUCCUGUUAGAGGCGUUGUAUCACCAUCCUCUGGGAUUUCAUCACAACCUUCUGGGACUCAUAUGGGACGAGAUUAUUAUUCAACCUUCCACAAGACCCGGAACAGAAAGAAGUUCUCAAAGCAAGAGUGGGAUGAGUUCACAAGAGAAUCCACUAAACAGGCUCUAGCUGAAUGGGCAGCUUCUCCAGAAUUCACUGAUUGGAUUGUUGAGCAUGCAGACCGGAUAAAAGUCCUUCCAAGUGAGAGCUCAGACGAGACAAUGGGAAGUGAAUCGGAUUCAGCGGAUGUAGGAAGUGGAAGUGGAUUUCAGCUGUUUAAGUGGCAGUGA